CUGAAGCCAAAUUUUACGCCACUACGUAACUAUGCAACUCCCUACUCUACUUCUCAUUUUCAGAAUCUAUAUACGAUCCUUAUUUUUAUCGCCAGAGAUAAGAUAAUAAGUAAUGAGAAGAUUCGGAACGUAUGCAAAGGUGGUGCCGACAUGAUUGGACUAGCAAUCUCGAUAAUCGUUCUCGUGAAUUUAGAGUGCGGGAAAGGAGAGAAGUUGUGGUGUUACCAAUGCAACACCAACUUGAGGAACAGGCACACGAGGGAGUGCAACGAUCCUUACCCGUCAUCCUAUUUCGAUUUAACUCUCUGCCCUCGAAACGAGUCGCACCAUUGUUUGAAAAGCAUCAUCGAUUAUGGAGACGUGCUGGUGACGGUACGAGGCUGCGUGCCGUCACGAGAAAUCGAUGGAUACUGCCAACAAACGGAACAUUUUCCAGGAUCCAGCAUUAAGUGCUCUUUUUGCGACGAUUACGCUUGCAACAGCCAAAAUUCCAAUCGUGUUUCGAACGAUUUAAUAUCGAUUAUUUUAACUUUCAUUCCUUCGAUAAUUCCAAUCAUAUAUUUAUUUUAACUCUUCUCCUUUUUUUUUUUAUAUAAUAAAAUGACUUUAUAUUCUUACAAAAUAGGUAAUUAUAAAUGGAAUAAAAUUGAAAUUAAUUUUAUAAUAAAUAUUCUCACGAUUCUGAUU